AUGACUUAUAGAAAUGAUUAAAAAGAACUCAUGGAUUUUGAUAACAGAUAUUCUAGAUGUGCAAGAUAGAGAAGACUAAGGGAAAUCAUUUAGUUUUUAUUAAAAAAGUCCAAAGAAUUGCAAAUUUCUUUGCAAGAUCUUAUUGAUAAUAAAAUAACUUAAAAUAAGCCUUAUUAGCAAUAAGGAUCAUUUGCAUUUUUAUUUUAUGUAAAAAAAGGAGUAACUGACAAAGUAGAAGAGAUGCUGGGAGUAAAUCCUUUGUAUGUACAUGAUUUUGAUGAAAAAAACAUGACUGCAUUACACACAGCAACCAAGAAAUAAUCAUACAUAAUGAUCAAAAUAUUGCUGUCAUAUGGUGCCAACGUUUUGAGCAAAGAUUUGAAUGGAGAGUCUGCUCUAUCACAUGCAAUUCAGUCAAAUCAGUAAGAUAUUGUAAAGCUUUUUCUCUCCAUAUAAUGUCCAAAUGACCUUGAGUAUCUAAAUUACUCAAAAAUGGCCAAAAAUAAAUAAAUUAAAUGGUUGCUUAAAAAUGCGAAGCUUCAAGAAUUACGGAUUAGAUGCUCGAAAUUAACUUAAUUUAAUAUAAGUAAUAAUUUGCUAUGA